AUAUUAACUUCAAAGAUAAGAAAUUUAGUUCCAAGUUUUUAUGUUGGUUUAUUGUUGUUCUAACCUAGCUUUUGACACACAUAACCUCAGAUUUAAAUGUUGUAUUGAUAAACGUGUUAAACAAAUCCCGAUUCUUUUUGAAUAAAGAUAUUCAGUUACUGUUGAUGUAUAAUAUAAAAUGAUUUCAGAAGAAAAUAAAUAUAAUUUUUACGUUGGAACUUCUCGGGGAGCUAUUAUAGUGACUAAAGGUGAUCCCAAAGAAAAACUCGUGUAUGCGAAGACAGAAGAACCAUCUGAGAUAACGUCUCUGUCCUUUGGCAGAGCUGAUGAAGAGUUAAUUUGUGGAUAUGAGAGUGGAGAGACUCGCCUUUACAAUUCCUUAACAAAUAAAUACACAAAAACUAUAUCUAAUACAGAAGGAGAUGGUAGAGUUUGUGGUUUGGGCGUUGUAAAUAAAACAAUAAUUAUAGGAAAACAUGAUGGUGUCAUAAAUUUAUGGAAUGGAAAGAAAAAUGAUUUCUUUUCAAUAAAUUUAGAUGAAAAAAGUACAAUGGAAACACUCGUUCAAAAUUCAAACAGGGAAGGUGUUGUUGGUUUAGGAGGGGAAUUUAAUGAUUUUAAAUUGUGGAAUAUUGAAACAAAACAACAAAUCUUUAAAGCUAAAUCGAUGGGACAUGACGAAUUAAAUUUGGCUAUACCGACAUCAGUUAGGGGCAUUUGCUUUUUCUCUGAAAGUGAAUAUUUAAGUGCUUGUGCUACAAAGGAAGGACAUGUAUUAAUGUAUGAUGACAGAGCACAAAGAAGGCCAGUGGUAAAAUUCUUUGAACAGAAAGCUAGCUUUACUUGCAUAUCUACUGCUCAUAGAGAAAGACAAUGUUUAGUGGGAACCACCAAAGGUUACAUGAUGCUUUUGGAUAUGAAGGCUGGUAAAACUAUGAAAACAUUUAUGUCAUUCUCUGGUGGAGUUACAGGUAUACAGUGUGACCCUAUAGAGCCAAUUGUUGUUUCUAGCAGUUUGGAUAGGCAUUUGAGAAUACAUAACUUAGAAACGAAACAAUUAAUUGAAAAAGUGUAUUUGAAACAAAAUUUAACGAAAAUUUUGAUGAAGCCUAUAGUAAAGAAUGAACCUGAUGAUAAAGAUACUGAUAAAGAGAAAGUUGGUGAUGAAGAAUUUGAUGCUAUGUUUAAUAACAUGGACACAGUAACUGAUGAAGAACCUAAGAAGGAAAAAAGGAAAUUAAUUGAGUCAUCAGAUGUUUCAAAAAAGAAGAAAAAGAAAAAAGUUGUAAAACCGUAAAUAAACAAAUAUUUU